GGAAAGGGCUGAAACGGCGAAACGCGCGAUACAUCGAUGGCACGACCGCGGCGACGAUGAAGCCUGGUUCACGAAGGGGAACACAGAGGCGGUCCGUCAGCCAAAACCAUGCCAGCAACACUACUCCGUCAGCGAAGGACACUUCGCGCGAAGACCCCAUGGACGUCUACGCCAAGCGCAUCGAAGCAGCGCUGACGGCGUCGUUGUUGCAGCCGGCAUUCACGCGCGUGGAAAAUAUCAGUUGCCAGCUCUUACAACGACGACUCCUUGGGUCGGCCCGGUACUGGUUCAAGAGCGUCAAACUCGACAAGACGACGUCCGUGGCGUCGAAGAAGUGGCUCGUGUGUAUGUACGACAUCCCAUGGCGCAAAGCAGUGGUCGACCGCGCGCAAACUAGCACCCGCUCCCUCUUUCCAGACUCGCCCACGACAGUCGACGUGUUCCCCAACUUGAAGCCCGUGGUGAUUGGCACGUUUGAGACGGAACGCGCGGCCAACUUGGCAUGCGACGCCGCGUGGAAAGUCCGCGAUCAGUCCAACCCCGUGUCCGUCACCAAUGACCCCACGGAUCCGUUGCCGCCGUGCUGGAACUGCCGCCUCCAGAUCACCGUCGUGUCGGAUGCGUUCCAGCGGAAACCACACGCCGAGCGCUUGCAUAUGGUGCUGGAAGUACUUCUCGCGUUGGCGCAUCCUCCUCCACACACUUCCGGGCAUCCCCCCCCUCCCCCCACGGAACCCGAAACGACCGUCCACCACCACCAACCGCCGUCCAGCAUGAAGAAGUUCGGGACCGUCGGGGCGUGCGUGCGCCGGCUGCCGCACCUGCGACACUUGGCCUGCGAUGUGGUGCUCGUGCUCAAGACUUUGCACCAGUUUCGCCCCGUGCACACCACCGUGGACAGCUUGCCCCUCACCGAGCGCAUGGGGCUGUCCCAUGGCCUCGACCGCGCACUCGGGGUACCGGCGACGGCCAAGACGACAGCCAAGGACGUGACGCGCUUGGUCGUGACCAAACACCAACCACCGCCGACGUCAUCCAAACUGCCCCAUUUCUACCACGGCCUGCCCAUCGAACUCAAAGCCAUGAUCGCCGCCGAUCAACGCGCCCAGCGCGCAUCCGCCACAUUUGACGCUCUGUCCUCCCACCUCGAGCACAACUCGGAAGCGACCAUGCUCCAAAAGUUUAUCAAGCGCAAACACGAGUGCUCCACGGCGGCCAUGAUGCUGCAGCGCGUGUAUCGCAUCCACUGCGUGGCACGGACGCUCCGCCGUCUCUUGGCCUCUCAUCGCCAUGCGCUGACCAUCCAAAGAGUGUACCGCGGGUACGUGGCUCGGGUGUUUGUCCAGGAGCUGUUCGUCGUCAUGUCGCUUGCGUCCACACACAUUCAAGCCGUGUUUCGGUCAUAUACGUCUCGAGAACGCACGAAAUCGCUGCGGAAUCGCAAGACCGCGGGCGCGGUGCACAUGCAGCGGGUGUUUCGGGGCUUCCAGGCGCGCAAGUGGGUCUUCUGGAUACGUUUCCAUGUCGCCAGUGCGAUUCAAAUCCAACGCGUGGCGCGGGGUCUCAUGGGGCGACAGAGAGCUGCGAUGUAUCGACAUGCUAAAUACAAGCGCACGGUGGUCGUUCCCGCCGUCAAGUUGAUCCAGCGAGUGUAUCGAGGCCACGUCGGACGAAAGCAGUGCCAACGCCUUCAACAUCAACACUUUGUCGACAAGAUUCAAAGACCCGCGGCGAUACAAAUUGAGCGGGUGGCUCGGGGGUAUUUGGGUCGUCUAGUGGCCAAGCAACGACGCAAGCAACUAGUCGCGGCGCUGGUUAUCCAAGACACAUUCCGCAAGUACAAGGCGCGGCGUCGGUGGGCAUUUGUGUGCCAGGUGCGGUUCGAGAACCGCAUGGCGUCGCGGAUUGGGGCCGCGGGGCGCGGGUACCUUGCCCGACAAGUGUACAAGCGGGAGGUACGCAAGAUUCGGGUGCGGACGGUGGUAGUCCCUGCCGCCCGGACCAUCCAGCGGGUGUACCGCGGCUUUGUGGUGCGGAAACAUCUCGAGGAGUUUCGGGAUCAAGUCGAGGCCGCGAGUGUGCUGCAGCACUUUUGGCGGCAAAAACAAAAAGAAGCCGGCGAGCGGACCGUAUGGCGCGCCUCGAUCGACCGCAUCAAGAGCCACGCAGCGUUGACGGUGCAGUGCUUGGUCCGAAGCUACUUUGCCCGCCUCCGAGUUGAGGCAGAACGAGCUAAGCAACGAGGUCGCCACGGCCAAGCGGCGGUGGUGGUGCAGUCUGCGUGGCGGAGCUAUUUCAACCGCAAGACCAUUCAAUCGAUGCGGGAACUCAUGGCGAUUGAGGUGUACGCGCGUAAAUUCACGGCGCUCAAGGACAACUUGGAAAUGGUGCAGUUUGAUAUGGCCGACACUAUGGGCGACAUUGCGUACAUGACCAAGCACAGAAAGAAGUCGUUGCAACAGAUCCACGACCUCAAGCAAAUGCGGUUGGACUGGGAGCUGCGUGUGCCAGUGUUGGACAAGGAACUGUCCAAUAUGACUGGCCAAGAUAUUGCCCGAGGCUGGCAAACCGCGUUUGAAACAGAAAAACUCGUCAUUCACUUCUCCAUGUUGCUCAGCGCCGAAGAAAUCCAGAGCAAAAAGCAGCAGGUCGGUUCGUGUCGUCGAUUUAGCUGAUGGAUUAUUGCACUAGAUUCGAGAAUAUGACGCCGAGAUUGCGACGCUCGACGCUGAAUACGAAGACUUGGAGCGGGAUGUGGACGAGAGUUUGCUGCAGGAAACCAGUCUCAUAGAAGACUACAGGCGCCUAGAGCUGCACCGGGCGUCCUCGCAGUACCUUGACCACGCCAAACAAAGCGUCCGACGGCAACGGCUGCGGUGGAAAGUCCGCACGAACCGAUCGAACCUCGUCCUCCGGGAGGCCGCUGCCUUGGCUCGGUCCAAAGCCCCCCCUCCGUCGACAUCUCUCUCGUAUGCUGGACGAAUGGCCAGCCGUCGUGAGUCAGACGAGCGAGUCCGACAGCACAACGCCCAUACACACGCCACCAAAAUGGAAGCAUUGAAAGGCAGCAGCAACCUGCAUGUAGUGGCCGUGGCGGACGCCGUGGUCGCCGAGUGUCGCAAGAUUGUCAACGCUGGCAGUCUGGCCAUGCAGUUGGAUCGCUCCGACUUGCGCGAUGACCCUGCCGCCGCCGGUAUGUGCACCACGUGUGGCCACAUGCAGUGUAUGUGCCAUGUGCUAGCAGCCUCGACAGCAUCGAACGCACCGUCCAACGCCGCGCCUAUACUAAACGGAUCUCGAAAACGAACCAACAAUGGACCGGGAAUUGCACUAGGUCGACGGCGGCGACACCAUCGACAGACCGACGGGGUCGUUGUUGCAGAUGAUGAGAAUAGCGUUCAAGUAUAUAAUCCAUCAUAAUACUUCCAUUGUUAUUACCA